AUGGGCGGCUUUCUCGUGGGCAUCCGAGUGUUCCGUCCUGCGCCCCUCCUGUCCUCCGGUGUUCCUGGCCCAACUCCGCAGGAGCCGGCGCGGCAGGGCGCGGGGCGCGCGCUCCUCCGCGCCCCGCGCACUCCAGCGGGAGCCGCCGCGAGCUCGCCGCCCGCUGCCGCCCGGCGCCGCGAGGAGGUAAGUGCCCGCCGCGGACCCGAGUCGCGGCCGGGUGGGGACGGCCAGCGGCCGUCCGCGCUCGGGGAGCUCGGGCCGGAGCUGCGGGCGGAGGGCGGCGCCCAAAAUAAAUCGCCGCUGCGCCCGCCGGCUCCUCUGGCCAUUUCCAUACAGUCCCGGCCCGCGCCGCGGACCUGCCGGCCCGGCCUCCGCGCCCGGGAAUCACUCACUCGAGUGCCUUCGACGGGAAAGUCGGGCGAGAGCGGGACCCAGGCGGGGGCCGAGGGAAACCGAGAAACGGGGGCUCGGGAUGGCAGCUCCUUCGCCCUCAGGGCCUGGGAGAUGACACGGUGUCUUCUGCGUCCCCCUGCUCGCCAUUCCUGUCUGAACCCUAGGGUCCGCCUGGGGGCAUCUGUUGAGCGGGUGACGGCGGUUUUAUCCUCUGAUCCCUUCUCGACCCGGCGUCGCCCCGAGUGUUGGGCACCGACGGCCUAUAGGGUCUUGGGGCCUGUCCGUGGUGGCGCACCCAGCCCGCUGGCGGAGCGGGAUCCUGCGCUCCGGCCGCAGCCCGAACCCCACGGAUUGCGCCGCGGCAGCGCCCCCAGCCGGGCCCUGGAGCCUCCCGCCCCCAUGUCAAGAAAGAAGCAGCGUUUCCGACAUACAGGCCCUCGCACGGGGACAACCGUGGAGGUGCGGGCGAGCAGCCCCUCCUCGCGGGCCUCGGACAGGAGUGGGGAGCAGGCAGAGGUCACAUCCUCCUCCUCUUCCUCACGCCCCCGGGCUGCGUGCCCACAGAGGCACGCGGACGAGAACGGCCACCCGCGCCGCUGCAUCCCGGACUUUGUCAACGCGGCCUUCGGCAAGGACGUGCGUGUGUCCAGCACCUGCGGCCGGCCCCCGGCGCGCUACUGCGUGGUGAGCGAGCGCGGCGAGGAGCGGCUGCGCUCGUGCCACCUCUGCAACGCGUCCGACCCCAAGAAGGCGCACCCGCCCGCCUUCCUCACCGACCUCAACAAUCCGCACAACCUUACGUGCUGGCAGUCUGAGAACUACCUGCAGUUCCCGCACAACGUCACGCUCACGCUGUCGCUCGGCAAGAAGUUCGAGGUGACCUACGUGAGCCUGCAGUUCUGCUCGCCGCGGCCCGAGUCCAUGGCCAUCUCCAAGUCCAUGGACUAUGGGCGCACGUGGGUGCCCUUCCAGUUCUACUCCACGCAGUGCCGCAAGAUGUACAACCGGCCGCACCGCGCGCCCAUCACCAAGCAGAACGAGCAGGAGGCCGUGUGCACCGACUCGCACACCGACAUGCGCCCGCUCUCGGGCGGCCUGAUCGCCUUCAGCACGCUGGACGGGCGGCCCUCGGCGCACGACUUCGACAACUCGCCCGUGCUGCAGGACUGGGUCACGGCCACCGACAUCCGCGUGGCCUUCAGCCGCCUGCACACGUUCGGCGACGAGAACGAGGACGACUCGGAGCUGGCGCGCGACUCGUACUUCUACGCGGUGUCGGACCUGCAGGUGGGCGGCCGCUGCAAGUGCAACGGCCACGCGGCCCGCUGCGUGCGCGACCGCGACGACAGCCUGGUGUGCGACUGCAGACACAACACGGCCGGCCCAGAGUGCGACCGCUGCAAGCCCUUCCACUACGACCGUCCCUGGCAGCGCGCCACGGCCCGUGAGUGGAAUGAAUGUGUGGCCUGCAACUGCAACCUGCAUGCCCGGCGUUGCCGCUUCAACAUGGAGCUCUACAAACUUUCAGGGCGCAAGAGUGGGGGGGUCUGCCUCAAUUGCCGCCACAACACUGCCGGUCGCCACUGCCACUAUUGCAAGGAGGGCUACUACCGCGACAUGGGCAAGCCCAUUACCCACCGCAAGGCCUGCAAAGCCUGUGAUUGCCACCCCGUGGGUGCUGCUGGCAAAACCUGCAACCAGACCACCGGCCAGUGUCCCUGCAAGGACGGCGUGACAGGCAUCACCUGCAACCGCUGCGCCAAAGGCUACCAGCAGAGCCGCUCUCCUAUCGCCCCCUGCAUAAAGAUCCCUGUAGCCCCGCCAACGACUGCGGCCAGCAGUGUGGAAGAGCCUGAAGACUGUGAUUCCUACUGCAAGGCCUCCAAAGGGAAGCUGAAGAUUAACAUGAAAAAGUACUGCAAGAAGGACUAUGCUGUCCAGAUCCACAUCCUGAAGGCGGACAAGGCCGGGGACUGGUGGAAGUUCACGGUGAACAUCAUCUCCGUGUACAAGCAGGGCACGAGCCGCAUCCGCCGCGGGGACCAAAGCCUGUGGAUCCGCUCCAGGGACAUCGCCUGCAAGUGUCCCAAAAUCAAGCCCCUCAAGAAGUACUUGCUGCUGGGCAACGCCGAGGACUCUCCCGACCAGAGCGGCAUCGUGGCGGACAAGAGCAGCCUGGUGAUCCAGUGGCGGGACACGUGGGCGCGGCGGCUGCGCAAGUUCCAGCAGCGCGAGAAGAAGGGCAAGUGCAAGAAGGCCUAG